GGUGGUGUUGUGCAUAAAGCAAUGCAAGGUCAGGAAAUGGUGCCUCCGCCAGGACCGCCUUUCUCGUCGUCUUGUACGCCCACAGCACAAGCUAUCUCGACGCCUUCUGAUGUUACUAGACCAGAAAUGCUAAGAACGCAGGAAAUCGAAAUGUGUGAUACAGCGAUCACAGCACCGACCACAGUGUCUUUCCCUCUCUCCUCCUGUUCCGCUUGUCCUGCCCGUCUAUAUGAUGACACAGUGGAAGACGAAGAUGGAGAUCAGAACACGUUUCUUCCUCCUGAAAUCACGAAUCAGUGGAAAAAAAUGAGUAAUGCGGAUGAUGAUUCUUAUGGCCGCUAUUGGUGGAAUUUAAUCUAGAACUUGGUCGUCAGGGAGGGGUAGACAUGAAAGACAUGACCAUGAGCAUGAGAAAGAACUAGGUAGAUAAAUUAAGUCUACUUGCAUUUGUUUUCUAAGCCCUUUAAUCUUAUUGUCCAAUUAUACAGCCGUAUGUAUUUGAGAGCACAUCGUCCACAAUAUUUAUCAGAUAUUGUCCUCCUCUAAUGCUAAUCUCUGCCACAAAACCUUAGAAGUAGCGAAUGUGGCUCUGCCGACCGGUGGCGAGAAUAUGAGUUCCUGCAGAAGCGCGUUCGCGAAAUAGCAUCUGGACGCAGAGAGUUGCGGUGGUCUGGACGCACUAGAGCUAGAGUAGAGCAGGGCUCUGCUAGUACUAUGGCUCUCCUAGGUGAAGAAGAUGAAUUUGAACGUUGGAGAAAGGAAGACCUAAGGGAUCCGCCUCUAGCUGAAGAAGACAUGAGAAGCGAUCUUCUAGACAUACAGUAUGAUCGUCUUGCAGGUCGUGAACCACGAGGACAGGAGCCAAGAAGUAGAGCAGAACAUGGAGGAAGUAGUCGAAAAGGCCGAUCAACAAGACACAGGAGCUAUUCAUCAUCGUCAUCAAGUGGAAGCCCUUCUUUUUCUUCUAGGGGUGUACAAGGAACAGGAAGUAGUAGACACGAUUCAGACCACUGACUCAAAAAAAAGGUUCGACUAGCUAGUUGUCCUUAGAUUGAUUUAUUUAGGUAACCAGAUUUACUGGGUGACCUCAUAGGUAGACAUGCACAGCUACAAACGAGGUUCCAUGACAUGACAAUGAGCGACUCUCUAGUACUUACUUUAGUAGACCUAGCCGCUCCACAUCUAAUAAAGCACGAGGAGAUAGUUGUCGUAGUGAAUUCGAAGCGAGUCCUGCCACAAGCAGACGUAUCGCAAGGGAGAUGCUAAACAUUUUGAAAGCUGAAGAACAAGAAAGGGAGCGUCGUAGAUAUGCAUCGAGCAGAGAACUUGUUACGGCAGCAUAAUGCGUUGUGUCCAUGAGUAGUUCAGCAGUUGUGUUGAAGCUCUCCUGGUCCUGUGGAUUGUAGUUUUUACCAUGACUUCCCAGUAUUUUAAUCGUUCGUGACAAGUAAUGCAAGCGAAAUAAUUGAUCUUCGUCUUCUUUUCAAACUAACACAAUUGAAGAUCUUCUUCUUCUUCUCAAAGAUUACCAUUACGCGAGCCAUCUCGUGUUCUAACGCAUCCAUGAUAGACGAAUACGAAAUCCCGAGCGUUGAAGAUGCAGAAGAGAACAUCCCCAUUUGCUGCGUUCCGCGACUAUGCGGUUGUCUGGAUGCUUGUCGGGAGGUUCUUUGUGCCUUCUUCGAUAAACUAGACCGCGUCGACGAACGCUUUACAGUCGCCGUCGUCAGAGCAUUCGACGAUGAGUCUUCCUACCUGUGA